GAGAGGUGUUUCGAUCCUCUCACCACGUUUUGGAGUUUAUACGAGUUUUUGUCAGCUGACAUCCUAUCUGAGGUGACGUUCUUUCACAGGAAUCUAUUCAACAUAGACCAUUUACGAAGUGUGCACUGGGAGGUCGAAUACAACGUGUCUGAUCGAUCCAGAGGUUUUCAUGAACUGUGUAAAAAGCAUACCUGAUCGAAGCACCGAAAUAUCCGAUUUAUCAAACUCGAGAACAUACUAAAAAAUCAGAUCACGUGGUUUGAUAUCGGUUAGUGGCACUGUUCUGGACCACCAAGUGGGAAUACCGCAGCGGACAAUUAUUUCAUAUAAGCCAGAACACGGGCGUUCGUGCUGGAACAAAUAAUUUUCACAGAUCAUUUCGAAAAUCAAUACGAAAGUCAUUCAGGAUGAAAAAAUUGAGACGACUGCUCAAUGUCUGAAAAACAUUUAUUUUUUCUUAGUAUUUAGGUAGUGUUGAAGUCAAUGAAUCAAGGGGUAUGCCCAUAUGUGAAGACGCUGUACGAAAACUCAGGGAUAAAAAGAAAGUGCGAGCUGUUCUAUGGGUGUCAUCCGAUGGUUUAAGAGUUGUGGACGAAGACAGUAAGGGAUUGAUAGUGGACCAGACGAUAGAAAAAGUUUCUUUCUGUGCACCUGAUCGGCGCCAUGAGAGGGCAUUCUCUUAUAUUUGUAGAGAUGGUACAACAAGAAGGUGGCUUUGUCACGCAUUCAUUGCUGUGAGAGAUUCAGGAGAGAGAUUGAGUCAUGCAGUGGGGUGUGCUUUUGCUGCUUGCCUUGAAAGGAAACAGAAAAGGGACAAAGAAUGCGGGGUUAAAGUAGAAUUUGAUGUUAAUAAGACAAGUUUUGCAAGACAAGGAUCAUUCCGCGAACCAACAAUGACAGAAAAACUUGAACAACAGAAGAGAGAAGCGGAAGAGCGAAGUCGUACUGAUGGUGCACAGUUGCCUCUAGAGCAUGUUCCACCACGUGCAGUAAAUCUUCCUUAUGCUGUUCCAAGACGACAUGCUACUCCCAAUAUGCUAGAAAGACAAGGAUCAUUUCGAGGGUUUCCAGGUCUUGCCAAAGAUUCACCGUUCAAGAGGCAGUUGUCUCUUCGACUCAACGAGCUACCAUCUACAUUAGCAAGACAAAAAGAUCUUAAUAUUUUACCAGAAGAGAAUGGUUCACCCAACAGUCCCCUGUCACCAAGUGGUCAGAACCAGAGCCAGCAGAUUCCUACAAAUAGACCAACUCAAGUCUCUUCUUCGUCAUCGGCUGCAGCUGGUUCUGCAGACAUCUCAUCAUUAUGUCAGCAGCUUACACAGGGCUUAUCCGAACUCAGUAACCAAGACCCCUUUGCUGAUUUCACACCUACAUCAUCAACGUCAAUGACUCCCGUUAGUCCAGUCGAUAUGUUCUCUCCAACAAGACAAGUACCAAGCAGAAGUCCCAUUACAUCACCCAUUGCAGCAAGCAAUACAGCAUUACCUGUUAGACAAACCAACCCUUGGGAAAACUCAACACCCAAAGGAGUACAAGCUCAGCCAUCUGAACCCACUUGGGCCACAGCGCAAAUCCCAAACCAGCAAACCAAGCCAGCUUGGACACCUGGACACCGUCGCCAACUAUCUGAUGCUGACAAGUGGCUGGAGACUGCUUCUGAAACCGUUGCUGUUGUAAACAGUCCUGGUAACCCAUUCGCAUCACCUGACUCACCACAAAUGGCAACGACUGUUGUCAAGAGUCGGUCUAACCCCUAUAACUUAUCUACUCAGAAGACAACACCAACAUCUGAAAGGCCACCUCUUGUAAAGAGCCACACGAUAGGUGAUCCAUUUACACCGCUGCCACCACAGCCGCAGCCACAGCAAUGGCCAACUGGAAGUACGAAUCAGCAUAAUGGAUUUCAAUCUUCUAAUUACAUGAAUACAAAACCACCGCCCGUUGUGCCACAAAGAACUUAUAAUGGUGGCUUGAACAGUUCAUGGACUAACAAUACACAUCAAAUAUCAGCACCAUUCCAGUCAGCUCAACAACACCAAGUACAUCAAUCAGACUUUGACGCCCAGUGGAAUGCCUUAAGUAAUGCUCAGCCAUCUCACACUGAGAAUCCAUUUGCAAACGCUGUCAAGACUUUUGAAAUCAACCUGUGAGGAGAACGUGUACUCUUUGUGCUUUCACUGUAUUUAGUGUUGCAACAUAGUUAUAAUUGAUGGAAAAUAAGUUUCAAAAUAUACAUUUAGUUGUAUAUUAGUUGCGUGUGGACCAAUAACUUGACACUUUAAGAAAUGAAAACACACGUACAGGGAACAACAUAUCUGUAGAGGCAUUUUUACAAAGUCACAUGCAAUUUCAAAAUGUUCGCCAAGCCGAGAUACUGAUAUAGAUUCGUUUAGUGUACAAUCUGUGGAAAGUAAUAUUUUUUAAAUGUUCAUGUACCCCCAAAACCAUUUCACAUACCCCCAAAACCAUUUUACGGACCCCCAAAACCAUAUAUUAUAUAUAAAUAAAUAAAUAAAUAAAUAAAUAUUAAUCAAUGUGUAAUUGCACCCAUAGAAACACAUCAGUUUUAUCUGAUUAGAAUAUUUCAACGUUAAUGCUUUCUCACAAGAUGUCUAUAUCACUUCCUGUUUUUAACAUUUUAUUUUCAUUUUUUUUUAUUAGUGUUUGUUUUCUGCCUAUGUUUGACAUUUUAAUCAGUACUCAGCUGGAGCUCAAAUAUAUUGGCUAAUUUGAUCACUGCGAAUGAGUGAUUGUAUAAAAUAAUUUGUUAUUCUCUGAAUUUACAGAUUUUGAAAAGAAUAUUCAUCAAAAGAGCAUGUAUGUAUUGGAUUAGGCAAAUCAACUCUGUUUAAGACGCGUUAUAUUUUUGAUUUGAUUUGAUGGAUGUUCCAUCAGUUUUUAUUCUUUGUAACAUGGAUGUAUAAAAUCACCAGAUGAAAACUAAGAAUAAUUUGUAAGCGCUGCACAUACUAAUAUGUCCUAAGACGUACCAAUAUGACAUUACUAUUCAGUCAAUGAUUGAUUGAAAUUUUUACAAUUUUUUUUAAAUCUUGCAUUUAUUUUAUAUAUUUUUGAGAAUGAAUGCCAGUUUGAACGCAUCAAACUAUUUUUCUUCUAUCAGUUUGAUUGCAAAUGUGGAAAAGAAUGACUAUUUUGUUGAGUAUGUGGAAUGGAUAGCGUUACAAAUUUACUGACUUUCACAGCUGGUGGUAUCAGAUCACUUUUAUUUUAAUCAAACAAUAUUUAUUUCAAGGUUUCAUAAUGCCCUCUUUACGGAAUUUGAUAUCUCAAAAUUUUAAAAAGAUUAUUUGGGUCAAACCAUUUUACAUAUACUAUUGGGUGGCACAGGUCAUGAAGAAUGGGAGUGCAGGGCACAAUCAUAUGUUCUUUGUACCAUACCCGUUUGUUUAUUGCAUAAUUUAAUUACGGUAUACAUACACUUUGUUGUCUUUCAGGAAGCAGUGUUAGGUCACCUGAUCCAUCAAUCUUUGGUUUUAAUGUUAACACUUCAUCCGAUUAACCUAUUUGUAUAUCAUUCAACCAAUGGUUGACUUGUAUCCCAACUCAUGGACCAUUAAACCAAUGCUUUCAGGUAAUUAAAUACAAUACUGAUGUCUGUGUAGCUUGGUUAUGACAUUGACCUACCUUGAUUCCAUUUGGUUAUAAUUUCAGGAUCUUUCCAGAUAGUUUUAUUUAUUAUAUUUCACAAGCAGGAAGAAGUUUUAUUUCCAUAUCUCUGUAUUCCAUUAGUAUAUAUUGCUGUACAAAUGAAUCUUGGUUUUAGAAACCUCAGCAAUAUUUGUUGCUGAUAUUUUAGUAAAUUCAACUUAAAUAGUGCUUAUUCUGACCUUUAAUAAAAUAUCUAAUAAAAGCUA